GGUGGGACGGAGGAAAGAAAGGAGCUCGAGAGACCCGGGAGAAGCAGCCUCGCGGUGUUUGGCGCCAAUCCAAUUAAACAACAAACAAUUCCGCCAUAUUUCCCUGAACCAGUGUCUUAGAGAAGUGCACGGUAGCGGCGUGGCUUUGUGCCCGCAGCUGGUGGUAGCGUGCUGUAGCUCUCUGACUAUCAUCGUGGAUGUGGCCCCCUUCUCUCCGGCUCCAGUCACGACUCCAGCCCGCCGCAGUCGCCGGACAAUAGCGGACUCAUUCCCCUAGUUAGCCGCGCAGACGCCGCAGAAUGGGGAGAAAGUCAAACCGAGCCAAGGAGAAGAAGGCCCGACGUCUGGAGGAGAGGGCAGCUAUGGAUGCCGUCUGUGCGAAAGUGGAUGCGGCGAACAAGCUCGAGGACCCACUGACAGCUUUCCCAGCCUUCAAGAAGUAUGACAGGAACGGCCUAAACCUUCAGAUUGAGUGCAAGCGGGUGACGUCCCUCAACCCCCUGUCAGUGGAGUGGGCCUUCGAGCUGACCAGAGCCAACAUGCAGGCUUUAUAUGAGCAGAGCGAGUGGGGAUGGAAGGAGAGGGAAAAGAGGGAAGAGAUGAAUGACGAGCGGGCAUGGUACCUUCUUGCUCGUGAUGGUGACUCUGCCCCUGUAGCUUUUUCUCACUUCCGGUUUGAUGUGGAAUGUGGGGAAGAGGUGCUGUACUGCUACGAGGUUCAGUUAGAGAGUCGUGUUCGGAGGAAAGGACUGGGGAAGUUUCUUAUCCAGAUCUUGCAGCUCAUUGCCAACAGCACACAGAUGAAGAAGGUGAUGCUAACGGUUUUUAAACACAACCAUGGAGCUUACCAGUUCUUCAGGGAGGCAUUACAGUUUGAGAUCGACGAGACCUCACCAAGCAUGUCUGGAUGUUGUGGUGACGACUGCUCUUACGAGAUCCUCAGCCGGCGGACAAAACACGGGGAGGCCUCAGUGGGACACAGCCACGGGGGCGGGCACUGCGGCGGCUGCUGCCACUGAGCCAACCGUGGCCACUGGUUUACUGUUCAGUGUUUUUCUGUUACAGAGCUUUCACCUCUAGUUUUUUCCUUUUUAUAUACAUCUAUAUCAGCUCAUCAUCUACUGCUACUCAUCAUUAAGCUUUUGACUCAAUGUCCCAGCCCAGAACUUCCUCGUUGUUGGUUCAACACCAAACAUGGAGCCAACUCAGUAACGUGUUCUUUUCCAUUAAAUCACAGCUAAAACAAAAUGAUCUUUUUUCUUCAGUGCAGUAUGUUUGAUCAGUGGAAGUUUUCUUCCGCCCCUUCUGGAAACUCUUUAAAUGCCACUCAUUCAGUAUUGAUAAGCAGCGUUGACUAUGAGUACACUGCAUUCACCUGACAGGUACUGACUGGUGACUGUAGUGUGUCCAAGUCUGGAGGGUUCAGUUCAGACAGACAAUCAAAGUUUUGGAACAUUUACAUUCAGUCACAUGUCAGGAAGUGAAGAUUUUUCCUUAACAGAGAAGGUUUUAGAUUUGAGUUUGACAAGCUUGGCUUCAAGAAACGUCACUGAGUGAAAUCUAAUAACUAAUGCAGUGCCUAUCAAACGUAGUCCUUAAGUUGACCAAGAUGAGGGGGCUUGGAAAUUAAACACGACAGGCAGAGAAGAUGCAAGAAAUGCUGAACUGGUGGGUUUUGUUCUUGACCCUUUUUUGUUUUGGCAAAAUUCCGUGAUAGAGAUCGAAUAAACAUGAGUGUGAGCGAUCUGGAACCUGUAGGAGACACGUCGCCCUGAAUUACUUUGGCAUUGGCAUUGUUGUCAACAACAUUGUUUGCUUUUCUACAACUGACGUGUCGUAACGUUGUCAGAAAGCCGACGCACACUUAACAUGCAUUUGUAUAUGCUCAAUAAACACUGAGAUUUGUCUGCCUGUACGAGGAGAUCUCAUGCCUUCACACACUUGUCCAUCAUCAAAGCUUGAACUUUCCCAAGCCCUUGCCGUCUUGUGUUUUUAGCGUGAGCGAAUCAUAUUGAUUUAACAACAGUAAGGAUUUGUAUAGUUCCCCACGGAUGAUGCACCAUGGAAGUCAGUGUUGGUGAUUGUAACACGGAAACUGGUUUAUAGUUGCAUCGAAGUAACUGCCCUUUUCCAUUUGAACGAUUAACAGUGAUAAUGCAUUUAAGGAUUUGAGAGUUGAAUGGAAAAGUGUCCCUGAACUACUGUCCCAUACUUUACACUGCAUUGCUGUUUUAUUAUUCUAUCACAUUUUUUACUGUUAUUUAAAAAUAUGAGCUAAAAUACCAGAACAGUUCUGUUACAUCCUGCCGUUUUAGUUUUUUUUUUUUUUUUUUU